GCCCCCAGAACUGUGCCGGGGCUUCACCCGGAGCUUAUGAGGCUGGUGGGCGUCUCUCAGGGAGCUACAUUGUGAGCUAAACCGGGAGCUACGGUGUGAGCCAAACCAGGACCUACUCAGUGAUCCAGAUCAGAAAAUACCCGGUGAGUAAGACUGGGUGUUACUGAGUGAGCAAGACCAGGAAAUAGGGUGUGAGCUAGACCAGGAAAUAGGGUGUGAGCUAGACCGAAAGCUACUGCGUGAGCCAGACCAAGAAAUAAGGUGUGAGCCAGACCAGGAGCUACGGUGUGAGCCAGACCAGGAGCUGCGAUGUGAGCCAGACCAGGAGAUGUGGUGUGAGCCAGACCAGGACCUACGGUGUGAGCCAAACAGGCAGCGUCGAGGUGAGCCGGAUCGGGGACCCUUAAGCAUUACCGAUAAUUUCACUGAUACUUGAAGAGGCUACUGAGUGGGAAGGCUAUUGAGAGAGUUCAAGAGACACCAGGAAACCGCGGUUUGAACGAAAACGGAAACCACCAACAUCUUCAGGAGAUCUCUCACUGCAGGCCAGCAGUAUCGCCAGAAAUAACGUGAACGCCUCGGAGCGCUGAGCCGCCACCUGUUCGUCCCGCAGUGUCGACGGCAGCACCAUGCCGAAGCUGGACCGUCAGUGUCCCGUGUGCGGCGUGUCCUCCUCCAUGGCCUGCGCUAGCUGCCAAACGGUCCAUUAUUGCAGCAGGGACCACCAGAAGCAGCACUGGAAGAAACACAAGCCGGCGUGUAAGGCGUGGAGGGUGGAGACGACGCCAGAAGAGGGGCGCUUCAUGGUGGCCACCAGAACCAUCCAGCCCGGCGACAUAAUCCUGCAGGAGCCCCCUCUCAUAGUCGGACCAAAGCAGGCUACCGGGCCCGUGUGCCUGGGCUGUCACCGACCUUUGACCUAUGACACAGCGCAAGGUCAACUCACACCCCCGGCAGUCCGGUGUCCGAAGUGCGGCUGGAGCCUGUGUCGUCCUGACUGCUCCAGAUGGCACAGCCGGGACGAGUGUCUGCUGUGGUCACGUGCGCGGCGACCUUUUGACCUGCGGCCGGCAGCCUCGGGCGCCUCGCCCGUCUACGGCUGCGUUGGCCCCGUGCGCUGUCUUCUGCUGCGAAACCAACCAGAGGCCUGGGCAUCCCUCAGCUCGAUGGAGCACCACCUGGAGGAGCGGCGACAUAGUGCCCUCUACCGUCUGAACGCCGCACAACUGGCCGCCUUCCUCACCGCCGCCCUCCCCACGGAGUGUGACGUCACUGAGGACGUCAUACUCACUAUGUGCGCCGUGCUGGACACCAAUGCCUUCGAGGUGCGGAUCGGCUCGGCCAAGGCACGUGCCGUGUACGCGGCGGCCUCCCUGCAGAACCACGACUGUCGGCCCAACACGCGGCACUUGUUCGACGACGGCUACAACAUCACCGUCCGCGCUACCGUCAGGAUCGCGGCCGGUCAGCGGAUCACCACCAGCUACACGCAGGCACUCUGGAAUACCGCCGCUAGGCGACAGCACCUGUUGUUCAGCAAAUGCUUCAGAUGUCGCUGCGAGCGCUGCCUGGAUCCGACUGAGCUGAACACCUGGCUUAGUUCGCUGUCUUGCCGGGGUUGCGGCGGCCCCCUGGUCAGCAGAGAGCCUCUCGAGGCGGCCGCUGCGUGGCGCUGCCAUCGUUGCGGCAAAAAAUCCUCGGCGGAGGAGGUGCAGGAGAGACGGGGUUCGAUGGCACAGCUGACGAAGACGGCGGAGCGGUCGGUGGAGGGUCUGGAGGACGUACUCACCCAGCUCGACCCCUCCUGCAGCCAGAGGGCGGAGGUCAACUAUGCCCUGGUGCAGCUGUACGGCACCGCCUCAGGCUACACGUGGCCAGAAUUGACGGAGAAGCAGUUGGAGAGGAAGGAGCAGCUGUGCCGGCAGCUGCUGCUGCUGGCGGACGCUCUGACUCCCGGCCAGACGCGCUUCAGGGGCGUGCUGACGCUGGAGCUCUGCAGGACGCAGAGACAUCUGUCGGUGAAGACACGAAGCCCCGACACGGUGCGGUGGAAGGAGAUUGCCACUCUUCUGGAGGAGGCUUCCACUAUUUUAUUCUGCGAGCCUGGCUGGCUAGAGGAGCUGGCCAGGGAGGAGAGACAGCUGAAGAAGGACAUCACACGCUUGGUGGCGCCAUAGCGGCUUGGUGGAGUGCUGAUGUCGUUAUAGAAAGAUUGCGCGUUCAAGUCUCGGCACGCGCUGUUUUCAGCUUUCUGCUGCUAUUGGCUUGAUUGCCGCAGUCAGGACAUUGCUCAUGAGUGGGACCGGAUUGAGCCAUAAGAGCCUUUCCAGCUAGGCAGCUCUGCUUAGGCUUACGUUCUUUGUUCACUGAUUCAAGGCACCGUCAUAGGCUUAGAUGCUAUUUUGAUUAUUUGGACCCUUCUUACCCAUCUAAAACCCGACGUGCAGCCUAGAUUGCUAAAAAUGCCAGGACUUUUUGCCAGUGCCGCCUCCAAUUGUGGGGAAGGGGGAGGCAGCACGACCCCAAAACUGCCCUUUGGGGGGGGGGGGCAUUGUCGCCGCGAAGUUUUCACGGAAUGAAAGGCCUCUGAAAGCCUCUCUUAAGCCCUUAGUGUCAGGUCAUGAAUUGACGCCAUAUCAACGGCUGUGUGGCGGUCCCCCAAUGCUAUUGACUUGACAGGUACCAGCCCAUUGAUAUCAACGACAUGUUUGUCUACAAUCGAGCAAUCUGAGGCGAUUACAAAUCACUAUGUAGCCGGCAGUCGCAUCGAUAAACUGAGCUCCCGAGGCUGUUAGCUGCCUCGGUUUGGCCAGCUGUCCACCGGCUGCUCUUCUCACUGCUGGUACGUUUGCUCUUUGGCUCUCGUGAGUCCUGUAACAAUAUGGAAAUACACGACGCGUCAAAAGCUGAAAGGCUGAAAAGGCCGUCGACUUUAACCUGCACUCUUGUGCCUCGCCUCACCUCAGCGGUGUCGACUGACACCUACGCUAAAUCGCAGACCCGCUCCCGAAUCUGACCUCGAACGGCGCUACGCAGUUUAAAAUCGGCUCGUGGACAGACAUGGAACACGCUGUUCAACAGCCAUUUGAAACUAAUGGUUUUAAUUUAUCCAACGGACCUAUAUAGUAGUCAUUUGAAACAUGCCCGGUUUAUUACGACACUCAUUUUCAGCUUUUGAUUCGAUAGCAAUGAAUGGUGACACGGCGGAAGUAUGGCGGUAGAAUUGCGUGGAUCAUGGGCUUUGGGCUUUCCCAUUGGGCACUAGUCUUUCUCCACGAUGUUCAUCCCUUCAGCGGUGUCUCGCGGUCAUGUGGCUUCGUCAAGGACACUACGGGCUUUGGGCGCCUCUCAUUCAGCAUGUGAUGUGAAAAGAACUGGCAGGGAACUGGUAACAGCCGAUGGGAGCUGGUAAGAACUGAACAUGGCACAAAGUAAGCUGUGAGCAGAAGCGUUGGAGCGGCGCAGAUAAUGCGACAUCCUUGAUCUGACCUGUGAGGGAACGAGGGCCGUCAUGAGCCUACCGAUAACGCCCUGGGAAACGAGGCGUGAGACAGUCAUGAUCAGAGAUAUGGUUUUCCAAAAUCGAUUGGCGUGAGGGGUCUCAGCCGAAGGUGUUGACCUAACCUACGCUAACCUAACCUAACCUAACCUACGCUAACCUAACCUAACCUAACCUACGCUAACCUAACCUAACCUAACCUACGCUAACCUAACCUAACCUAACCUAACCUACGCUAACCUAACCUAACCUAACCUUCGCUCAAAAUCUAGUUUCUCUCCGGAUUUCAGACACAUUAAUGCAGCGGCCAUUCACAGAGCGGGAACGACGACUGAGAUGCUAUCCAAGGGUGGACGAGCCCGUCCGACCGCAUGGAAUGAAAAGCUUUCCGAGAAAAAAAAAACAUUUGGUAAUGGACAAUGAGGUGAAACCAGAGGCGACCAACAGUGUUUUCCGCGUCGUGGAGUCCAGUAGGGCUGUGAGGAGACAUUUACUGAAGAGUGACACCUUACAGGGCAAACAAACAGGGUAUUCGAUUCAACUUGUAGUCAAUUUGGUGUGCGUUAAGAUAAAACUAUAUUCAUCUGUCUAUGGUGUCAGUGGCUGUGGAGUGAUUAACUCAAAAGUAUAUAGCUGACGUUACAGGAAACAGCUAAAUACACCGCAUUAAAUGAAAGAAACAGUAGCGGAUAACCGAAUCUGACCGUUAACACGAACAAAAUUCAGCUCGUCGCACAUGGAGUCUGUCAAAUUCUGUGGAACGUUCCAAUAGUCAACGACGCCUUCCGUGACGAACGCCCUUAAAGCCUUGUAACCAACUCAAAAACCUGUGCAUUAUGUUCGACAAAACCUUCCCAUUGGACGUGCGGGUUUUAUCAGCUGUCAGCGCAUGUACGCUGGUAAUAAGGCUGGAACUCUUUCACGCCUCGUUCACCAGGACGUGAUCAAUACGCUCGUGACAGUCCUCGUCCUCUCACAGGUCAGGUCAGGGAGGUCACUCCCGGAAAUCGAUUGAGGACAGGAGACUCAACCGAAAAUGCUGAGCUAACCUGCAUCUGAAACCUAGUUUCUCUCCAUUUUUCAGUCACCGUAAAUUGCAUCUCGGAGUUUCUAAGGAAGAUUGUUCUUUUUCUGUCGGCUCAAAAUAGUUUUCCAGCGAGGAAAGCAGUGUCAUGCAUUUUGCAAUUUUAUAUGUCUAUCGUAUUGCAUUGCAUUUAGAUUUACAUACCCAUCACAUGCCGACGUAAAGCAGCCAUCAAUUGAGAAGUUCAGCCUGGGUUGUAAUCCGCACAUAAAUAUGUAAGUUAAACGCCCUGAUUUGGUUGAUGAAGUGAAUCUCGUUAAUCAUUCAUCGAAUGUGGUACGAGAUGUAACGCCACGGUUUUAUUCAGAAUGGCGUCGUCUGACCUCUGCACAGAAUAGGCUAGCUGCACGCGAGUGCGGCAGUCCUGGCGAGUGUCCCCUGCCCCGUUGGUGACCUGUUCACUGGCGGGCAGCCAUUGGUUGAGCGCCGCACGGCUCCCCUGAAGCAUGCUGUGACGCCGAACACAUCCGUUGCCUCCGGUCGCACGUCUUCGCGCACGUCGGCCGGACCCAAGGCACGUCCGCACGCACGCCAUGGCGGACUUAAGCACGUACGUACGCACGUCGCACCGUACUGAGGCAUGUCCGCGCGCACGUCGCGCCGUACUGAGGCACGUCCGCGCGCACGUCGGGCCGGACUGCAGCACGUCCGUACGCAUGCCGCGGCGGAAUGAAGCGCGUCCGCGACUGGUUACGCGUUUUUUUUUCCAGUGACUGGCUACUGCAUUUGCAUGUACACGCCUCAACGCACUGAAUGUGAACUGAGACAACGACAAUUCUCCCGAAUUGGGAGCGGGGAUUUUUUUAUUAUGUCCUGUCAAUCAGCACCCUUAGAGCCACGAAAAGAUUUCCAGAACGCUGGGAUGUGGGGCAGGCUCAGUCAUAUAUGGGCCCUCAGGUUUUAGCGCCUUUGGAUGCAUACAUCUACCACUUACAUGACUAACAACGUUGUGCGAAACAAGAGGCAGUUACACGUCUAGCGUCAACAGCACCGGCAGCUGGAAAAUACACCGAGCGUCCUUAACGCAUGAGUCAGGCGACGUCGCUAUCACAACAUUCGUCACACCAGACGCAGCUGGUCAAUGCCGACAUCCGCUGGCGCCGUCAGCACCGUCCGACCGCCCCGCCGUUCCACCACCGAGACCAUAUCGUACAGCUUGUUGUCCACCAGGUCCACCUCGGACAGCUCGUUGUCCGCCAGGGUCACUUCGUAGACGUCGUUGUCUACCAGCUUCACCUCCAACAGCCCGUGCUCCCAGUGGCCGCCGAGGCUGCACCCCGAGAGGUCACGUGUCCCGCCGCCAUGUAUUGGGCUCGACGACCCGGCGGUAGACUGUAGCAGGCAGCUCGUCUUGACGCUGACAUGCGUUGGCUUAUCUCGACGCUGGCGUUCUACAGCGGUGUUUUCCGCCGUCUCGUGACUGGCGCCACUUAUCUCCCGCUGCAGUCAGCCGCGGCUUAGCCCUAAACUCCGAUAAGCCCGGAGGAGUGGACAGCUAGUUUUCACCUGCUUUCCCCGCCAGUUAUGUAUUUGGCCAAUGUUUUAUCGUCAUGUAAUCGGUGGACCGUUUGCAUGUCCAGUUUGAUUUAGUGCUCGCUUCUCGUUUGUUGAGUCACUUAGUUUGCUAUUAUCUUGGGGUCUAAUUUAGUGUUAUUCAAUCCAUGCUAUUUUCGUAUUCAUUUUGUAUUGCUAAUUUUAGUCUCUGUUCUGUCUAAUUCCGUUCUGUUUAGUUCUAGGUCUAGUCUAUCCAUU